UCUUUUUUUUCUUUUCCGUUUUCAGUGCAUUCUUCGUUCCUUCCUCCUAAACGGCUCUCUGGUUUCGUUGCAUUCUGCCAUGCUAUUCCCGUUGGCCUCUUGUAGAUUCUCUGGAGUUGUGCGCUACAAUCAUCCCUUCUAUUCUUGUAGAAAGAUUCUGAUCGAAUAGAUCUUGUUCUUUUUCUUUGUCGCUAGAGAUCUUUAAUCUGACCACCGUAGCCUGAUUGGUUAUUUCUCUCGUAAGUGCAGGAUUUAUGUCUCUGUCACUCUCUGGUUUUUUAUCAUUCGUGUAUCGCUUGCAGAAAAUUGUUUUGAAAUUGGAUUUACAUGAUGACAAAGAGAAACGGAAGGCUAUGAAGACCGUCUCUUCCCUUCAAGGGAUCGAUUCCAUAGCCAUGGAUAUGAAAGAGAGGAAAAUGACGGUGGUCGGAUCCGUCGAUCCCGUGGAUGUGGUGAGCAAACUGAGAAAAUUCUGGCAUACCGGUAUCGUCUCGGUCGGGCCUGCAAAGGAGGAGAAGAAGGAAGAGCCCAAGAAGGAGCAAGCGAAGAAGGAGGAGCCCAAGAAGGAAGAAGCCAAGAAGGAGGAGAAGAAAGAGGAGGCCAAGAAGGAGGAGAAGAAGGAGCCCCAUGAGCAAAUGAUAGCGGACCUAGUCAAUGCAUACAAGAACUACAACCCUCACACGACCACACACUAUUACUACUCGCAGAGCGCAGAAGAGAAUCCAAAUUCUUGCAGCAUCCUGUGAUGGAUUUCCCUCGACGAGUCCGUGGAAUCAUUGGUUGAGUCUGGUAAGCAGCUGGCUUACAGCAAGGGUGUAAGAUAAUUAGAGAUUUGGCCCUGUACAUGUGGAGCUAUGUGGCGAUGAUGUGCAGACAAGUGAUCGGUUUUGAGCUCCUUGGCAUUUCGUGUUCGGAUCUCUCAUAAAAUUUUGACAUUGUUUCUCCUA